UGCUGCUUUUAAAAUAACCACUUAAAUGUACUUUCUGGUUCUGGUUGGUUCAAGAGUUUUUUGGGAACGUUUUUUUUAGGUUGAGUGACAUUUUAUGAAGCUGUUGUCAUGUUUUUUUUAGUCACAUUUGUUAGUAGAUCAGCAUUUGUGCUAUUGGUCACAGUAUCAGGUUACAAUUUGGCCAUAAAGGUCAUGUGGCGUGGUUGUUUGUACCACACCAACUGACCUGGGUGGUUAAAAAAUACAAUUUUCUUGCACAUAUUGGAGAUUUAAAAAAAAAUGCAAUGAAAAUAAUGGUUGAGUUUUCUGAGCUAAUUCACUGAUCUGGGGUCUGCGAUCUGUCAAGACUGCACUCUGAAUGUUCUGUUCUCCUGCCAUUUUACAUUUGCGUAUAGAGAAAUUCUAAAAACAGCUCAGCUAAGUUGCUUUUCCGCUCAAUUUGCUAAGAAAAGCUGAGCUAAAAGACUGUUCUGUGUUGGGUAUAACAUUUUGAACUACUUCUCUGUCAAAUCAAAGAUGUGUAACACUUCAACUUCCUCAGUCUUCCAGAUGUGAAAGGCAACGGUUAAAUAUAUAUAUAUAUAUUUUCUCCCAUUUAAUUGAAGGUGAGCUAACACAGUGUAACGGGUGGUCCCGUCAGCCGCCGCCUGUUUCUGCUAAAACACCAACGGUCAGUGAACUUUCGGGUCGUGCAAACUAACCUUCUUACAUAACUUCCGAGAAGCAACCGCUCAACUCUGACUCAACGCGUGAGAUCACCUCCAGAAUCGGUUCUGAUGUAUUAAAGUUGAUGGAGGAGUUUGUACCCCCCCCCCUCCCCCCUGACCCCGUCUCCACUCCCGCCCCUCACCCUCACGAUAAUUACCAGCAUUGGCUGCGGGCCCAGUGGGCAGGGAUUACUGAGAAAUAUGAACCGUGUACGUCAGUCACGUCUGUGUGGUGUGAAGAAAUCCAAUCAGUAGACUUUAUUUUACUUUGUUCAUUGUCCUGAGGAUUAACCGUUGCCCCGGCUCUUGCGAAGCAUUUUGUCUGAGGCCCUGAUUAAAUAACACACUUACAGUAGAUUAAAGCAGCAACAGAGUCAGAGCCUGUGAUUCUGGGGAGAAAUCAGAUUACAGGCUGUGAUGUCCCCCUGGUGAACCACAGUUAAAACUGCAGGGGUUUUUGCCUGGAAGACCCCGAUAUAGUUUUUCAAAUACAGCGGAACCUCGAGAUACGAGCGUAAUCCGUUCCAGGACCGAGCUCGUAACUCGAGGUGUUCGUAUUGAGAAUCAUUUUUUUCCCAUAAGAUAUAAUAGAAAAACAUUUAAUCCGUUCCGGCCCUCUAAAAAACUCUCUUAUUAGUGCUAAUAACAAUGGAAAAAACAGGUUUUUAAUUGUUACAGAGAAUGAAGUGGACAAUAUCUAUAUUUAGGAAUUGAGUGUGGAUGAUUGUUUCCAUCUGUCCGAAAAAUAACAGCCUGAAGUGGUUAAGAAUGGACUUGCAACGUAUUUAACCACACCUUUCUUUGGUCACAGAUGCAGAUGCACACUCUCCCCCAGCCCUGUAGGUGGCAAUAGUGAGUUUAAAGUUCGUCUGGCCAGCCUUUAGAAAAUGUGCAUAAUGUGAAUGGAUCAAAGUCAGUGGUGAAGAGGAGUCGGGCUGGAAUUCAACUGUCUUCCUGUCCGUCACCCGGGCCGUCAAGGAGGGGCUCAAACACAGAGACCUGAGGUCAACCUGGUUAUGAUGUUGUCAAGACUGUGGGUUCACUGUCGCACAUGAAGGCAGCGGGAGAGAGGAAGAGUCAUAAACCGAAGAACACGGAAAAAUCUACAGAGAAAAGCCGUCAGACCUGAACUGAUGACGCCGAUACUCAGAGGUCAAAGGGCAGCGUCUUUAUCAAAAUCCAUUCGUUUUUUAUGGGUUUAUAGUUUCAGUAUGUGGCUCUGUCAUGGACCGGCCGGUGGUUCAGUGGUUCAAACUCUGCUAUUUCCUGUAAUUAACCAAAAUAUUUAAAAAAAACAGCAUGUCAAACUGGAGUUUGUUUGUCUUAUUUUGUAGGAAACGCACACACAGGAAGCAGGAAACGUCGACACAGAGGGAACAGACCGACUUCCUGUUUAAGUUUCUGGUGAUUGGCAGCGCUGGCACUGGGAAGUCCUGCCUCCUCCACCAAUUCAUUGAGAACAAGUUCAAACAGGACUCUAACCACACCAUCGGAGUGGAGUUUGGUUCCCGAGUGGUGAAUGUUGGUGGGAAGACAGUAAAGCUGCAGAUCUGGGACACGGCUGGGCAAGAACGGUUCAGAUCAGUGACACGCAGCUACUACAGAGGGGCAGCUGGAGCCCUGCUGGUCUACGAUAUAACCAGCCGCGAGACGUACAACGCCCUGACCAACUGGCUGACGGAUGCCCGAACGCUGGCCAGUCCCAACAUCGUUAUCAUCCUGUGUGGUAACAAGAAAGACCUGGACGCAGACAGGGAGGUGACCUUUCUAGAGGCGUCCCGAUUCGCUCAGGAGAACGAGCUGAUGUUCUUGGAGACCAGUGCUCUGACGGGCGAGAACGUAGAAGAAGGAUUUCUGAAGUGCGCUCGCACCAUCCUCAACAAGAUAGACUCGGGUGAGUUGGACCCAGAGAGGAUGGGCUCAGGAAUCCAGUACGGAGAUGCGUCACUGAGGCAGCUGCGGCAGCCGAGGAGCACGACCACACAGACCAAGCAGCAGUGUAACUGCUAGACAUCAGGGGUCCACGGGGGCCUCACCUGCUGGCCAACGCUGACGGGGCACCCCCUACAGCACCAGGUGUUUUUUGGUGUGUGGAUCUUGUUUCCACCUUCCCACACCACACACCUUGGACCACCUGGACAAUGGGUUGUGUAGAGCACUGACCAACCCUCUGACCCCUGACCUCUGGUAAGAGGAGCGUCUUCUUACCUGAGGGGGUCAUCAACUUUGCACCUGUGUCUGGAGACAGGGAGAACCUCUUAGUGUGAACACACCGGGAUCAUGACGAGGAAAAUCUCUGUUCAAAAAAAACAAACAAACAAAAAAAACAGCUUGUUUCUCAGUUUCCUUAACAGAUGAGUACAGGUCACAGGUUGAGUGUAUGGGCUGCCCUGCUACUGUCUUUUUGUCUUUGUUCAUGAUUUUCUCUGUCUUGAAUUCACUCAGACCUACACUCUGCAUCUGCAUGUCACUGUUUGUAAAUGACGACUGGUAAACUGCUUAGUUGACGUUUAUUUUUAAGGGCUGUCUGGACAGAAAUCAUUAUUUUGAGUUUUAACCUUCACAAAGACGUCUGUUCAUAUUUAGCUGUUUGUUUUUUUAUUUACUAUAUACUCUGUGCUUUUAUUGAAAGAUGGUUAUAAACUCCUCAAAUACAACCUCCCAUUUUAACCAGCUUUUAGCUUUGAAUCAAAAUUAUUCCUUUGGCCUUCAGUGCUUGGAAGAAUGUGUCGGUAAUGUCCAGACUGAGAUAAUCAAAACGUUAGUCUCUCUAAAACUUACGCUGUAUCUAAUUUAAGAAAAUAAAUAUACAAAAUGAUAUUUUUCACUCCGUUAUAAAACCACUGAGACUGUAGGUCAGGUUGAAAGCACAAAAUUUGACGACUACCACUCCAUACUUGAACCCUAAAGCCCUAAAGUGAAAGAAUCCGAUUAAAACCUCCCCCCC